AUGAACUUCAAUUCCGAUAAAUGUGAAUCACUCUCCAUUUCUCGAAAGAAACAUCCAGUCGAGAAUGAUUAUGUUAUAGAUGGUAUUCCAAUUGUCAAAAAGGAUUCUCAGAAUGAUUUUGGAGUGUUUACCACUAGUACCUUAAAAUAA